ACUUCACAAGUAAGGAGCUUGACAGAAGUCACGGAAGGAACUCUCUGGAGUCUGGACUUUUCUCUUAUUAGCACAGCGCCUAGGAAGGAACCUACAACAUGCAGAUCUUCAUUGCGGGCCGAGCCCUCCACACGCUGGACGUGUCCGACCAAGACACCGUGACGGAUGUUAAGAAACGUAUCGCUCAGCUGGAAGGCCUCUUGGGUUGUGAUCUGGUUCUGUCCUGCGCUGGGAUCGCUCUGGAAGAUGAAGCCGUUCUGUCGGCCUGUGGGGUGCGGGCGCAGAGUACCCUGAACGUAUCGGCCAGACUUCUGGGAGGUAAAGUCCACGGCUCACUGGCUCGUGCUGGGAAAGUGAGAGGUCAGACCCCCAAAGUAGCAAAACAAGAGAAGAAGAAAAAGAAGACGGGCCGAGCCAAGAGACGCAUGCAGUACAACCGCAGAUUUGUCAAUGUGGUUCCUACAUUUGGCAAGAAAAAAGGUCCCAAUGCCAAUUCUUAAAUCCCGACUUCUCAGCGGGGACACUGCGGUGGAAGAUCUGAUUUCAGGUUUAAUUUUGAAAUAAAUUUGUCGAUUUUUCUUUUGUGAAAUUAACUGUAAUAUUGCCAUUUUGCUAAUAAACUGCUCGUGCUUUUUCAAAGACGAA